GGCGGGGGACGUUUUAAUGUUGUGAUGGGCGUGCACAUAUACGUUCCUUCUCUUUCUUCGUUCGUGUCGAGAUUUUUACGAGUACCUAAACAUGGCUCACGAUAACGUCUGGAACUCCCGUCCCCGCCAGUACGGCAAGGGCUCUCGUCAGUGCCGCGUCUGCGCUCACCGUGCUGCUUUGAUCCGCAAGUACAACCUUAACAUCUGCCGUCAGUGCUUCCGCGAGUACGCCAACGACAUUGGUUUCCACAAGUACCGCUAAAUUGUUUCUUGUGUUGGUCAACAACAAUCUCCAAGAAUCACCAGACGUAUCAACGGGAUCUUGUAAACUCUCCUUCUCUUUAAAAAUAAAAAAAGAAGCAAUAAACAAUCUGAGUGCUUUUUACUUGUGAGCAGCAACAGUCAUUCUGAUAACCGAAGAAGGAGG